UGAUUGCUCUUUUUUUUGGGGAAGAUAAAAAGUCCAGUCUCAGUUGCUGUUGCUGCUUUGUUCUAUCUAUAUCUCAAUUAUUCUUACUUGAGAUUCCAGCCAUGGCUCAACUGCUCAAGAGCUAUUAUCUAUGUGAGAACUAAAGCCCAUAUAUGCUACAAGGAAGACAAAUGGCAGAGACAGUGACCUACUGCUGCUGAUUGUUCCACCUAUUGCUCAAUUGUUCUUCCAUUUUGAGUGCCAUCUAAAGCUCAAAUGCAGAAAGAACUAUCAGCACCAAGUAACAACAAGCAUUUGAGUUCCAAGGACCACCUUCCACACAACCAAAGCACAUAUGUCACAGGGAAGACAGUGGCAGAGAAAGUGACCUACUUCCAUCUACAAAAUUCCCCUUCUUCUCUUGCUUGUUGUAUCUAACCAUCGUACCCAAAAAAAAAUGCUUCCUUGUAUCCCUUGGAAUGCAAAGCAUCAUCUCCUCUGUUUUGCACACAGCUUUUCUUACUUUACUCCUCCAAUUAAUGCUUCUGCAUCUUCCUCCACUUCCCCUUUGCUUUGAGGCUUCUCUUCGUCGGCUUGCUGGAUUGCAGAGCAGAAGAAUGAGGCAGUUGUACAGCAAGAGCAGAAGCCUCAAGCGCCUGAUGUCUGUCGCCAUCGGAAGGAGGAGCAGAGAAGAAGAGAGCACAGAAGAGAUUGCCGCCCCUGUGAAAUCAACCUGGAGAUGCUUCUCCUAUGAAGAAAUCCACGCAGCGACCGACGGUUUCCACAAAGAUAACUUGGUGGGCAGGGGAGGGUACGCGGUGGUGUACAGGGGAGUGAUGGCAGACGGGCAGGCGAUAGCCGUGAAGACGAUGGUGGGAGCCUCCACGGACGAGCAGAGGGAGAAGGACUUCUUGACGGAGCUCGGUACCGUCGGCCAUGUGCGGCAUCCCAACGUCUCCGCUCUCCUGGGUUGCUGCAUCGACCGCGGCCUCCAUUUGGUCUUCGAGUUCUCUUCGCGCGGCUCCGUCUCCUCCAAUCUCCACGAUGCGAGUUCACCACCAAUGGCUUGGAAGCUGCGGCACGGCAUCGCGGUGGGCACCGCCCAUGGGCUUCAUUACCUGCACAAGGAGUGCCCGCGAAGGAUCAUCCACAGAGACAUCAAGGCCUCCAACGUCCUCCUUACUGCAAAUUUCCAACCUCAGAUCUCAGACUUCGGCCUUGCGAAAUGGCUUCCGUCAGAGUGGACUCACCGCGCCAUCUCGCCGAUCGAAGGCACAUUUGGAUGCCUGGCGCCGGAAUAUUUCAUGCACGGCAUCGUGGACGAGAAGACCGAUGUGUUUGCGUUUGGUGUCUUCCUGUUAGAGAUCAUAUCAGGUCGGAAACCGGUGGAUGGAUCUCACAGGAGCUUGCUCAGCUGGGCUAGACCUUUUCUAGAUGAUGGCAGCUUACAGAUGCUGGUUGAUCCAAGAUUAGGUGAUGAUUAUGACAUGGAGCAGCUGAAAAGGCUCAGCUUUGCAGCCUCUCUCUGCAUCAGAGCAACAGCAUCAUUGCGGCCUUCCAUGACUGAGAUACUGGAGCUAUUGGAGGGUGGUGAGAUUUCACAAGAUCGAUGGAAGAUGCUUGAGGAGGAAGAGGUGGAAGAAGAGUUUUGGGGCUUUGAUGAUCUUGACGACGACGACGACGACGGCGACUGUGAUACUCCCUCAACACCUUCAACAGGCAGUUCUUAACCAUGACGACACAGUAGCAUUUAGAUAGUGUGAUGUUUAUGUACUUAAUCUAGUAGGUAAAGGCCUUCCAAACCAAACUACUUAUUUGGGAAGCAAGCACAUGAACAGAAUGGCAUCACCUGACUGUCUUCUACCAUCACUACUAUGGAAAGGCAAGUGCAGCAGUUCUGGUUCUUUGUCCAGCUUCAACACAGACAAGGUAGAAACCUAAAUGAUUAGUUGAGGUAAGAUUAGAAAUCAUGUUGGGUUGCAGAGGAAUGGUGGUUGAAAGUUGAUAGAAAGAGGCCAUGAAUAUUCUACCAAAUUGCACAGUAACAAGAAACACCACAUUCAAGACAGGUCAAAGGCUUUUGGAUUCAUCUCCUUUUUGGACUAUCCUGUGCACAACACUGCUCUCCAAACUCAUCAAGAAAACUCAGCAAGUUAGAGAAGCAGAAGAUGGAUUAUCUGUUGUAUAGUUUUGUUAUUUAUCUGCAGGAGUCUAAUCAGAUUGCUCACAGGCUUGCAAGUUUUUGGAAAAACUACAUGUACUCCUCUCUUUUGCAAUGCAACUGAUCAGAUAAAACUUUGUAAUGAAUAUUUAGAAGUUGUCUAUUUUAUGAAGGAUGCUGAUGGCCAGCUUUGUUCAAAAGAGAAA